UAUCCUAAACUCCACAAAUUUUCGACUCAUAAGUCAUAACUCAUAUAAUAAAAUUGCAUCAACAUUGUCCCCAACAUCGGUAUCCACGGAGCUUCGAGUUUCACUUAGAGCAAAUGACAUAUUAAAUUCAAAAUUUAAUAAUUUAAUUCUUUAUUUUGUAUUGAUUGUAACGUUAUUAUAGUGUCUAAUAUUAUUAUUCGGUGCUUGUAGUUGUAUUAAAAAUCCAGCUUUUAGCAAAUUUUAUUUUAAUUGUUUAGUAAAAAAGAUAGUAACUACUUAAUAAAAUGAACCGUAUUUUCGGGAAAUCUAAAGAAAAGGCGCCCCCUCCGGAUAUGUCCGUCGUCAUAAAAGGAGUAGAUGAUCGGGCUGAAUCGGUAGAACAAAAAAUUAAUAGACUUGACAAAGAGUUAAAAAAACUGAAAGAUCAAAUGGCAAAGAUGAGAGAAGGUCCAGCUAAGAAUUCAUUGAAACAAAAAGCAUUAAGAGUCUUGAAGCAAAGGAAACAAUAUGAAAGUCAGGCUGAAAACUUAAGAAAUCAAUCUUUCAACAUGGAACAAGCUUCUUAUGCAGUUCAGUCUUUGAAAGACACCCAAUCAACAGUAGUUGCAAUGAAAACCGGCAUGAAACAAAUGAAAAAAGAAUUUAAGAACAUUAAUAUUGACGAUAUUGAGGAUCUUCAAGAUGAAAUGGCUGAUAUGUUGGACCAAUCAAAUGAAGUGCAAGAAGCAUUAGGACGAACGUAUGGAGUACCGGAUAUUGAUGAAGACGAACUAAAUGCAGAGCUUGAAGCAAUUGGCGAUGAAUUAGCUUUAGAUGAUGAUACAUCUUAUUUAGACCAAGUGAAUGUUCCAGACAAAGAACCUGGGCAAAAUGAAAAAGAGCGUAGUAAACCUGGUGAAAUUUCAGUGGAUGAAUUUGGUUUACCGAAAAUACCAGCACAAAUUUAAUUUUGAAAAUAAUAAAUUACGAAAUUUGGUAUUAAUUCCACUUUUACGAUUAUUUUUUUUAAGAUUUAAAUAAGUAUUAAAUUACCGUUUAUUAUAUUAUUC